AUGGCAGAGGAGGAAGGUGAUGUGGACGAAGGGGAUGUGUUCCUGGUAUUUGCCCAGGGUCCCUCUCCUCCCCGGGGUCCCCUGCGACGUGCUUUGGACAAGGCCUUCCUUAUAUUCCUGAUCCUCUUCUUGACAUUGCUGAUGCUGGAGGCUGCUUAUAAGCUGCUGUGGAUUCUACCUUGGGCAAAAUUGGGGGACUGGCUCCUGGGGACACCUCAGAAAGAGGAGGAGUUGGAAUUGUGA